AUGCCUGAAAAGGCCUACCCUGUUAAUCAAUUAAACAUUUCCGCUAAACAACGACAUUUAUCAAAAUUGACUCAAAUUUUUAAAUGUUAUGGGGACAUUGACGCAAAAUAUUUCAAAAAGUUUUAUCAGCUCGAUUGUAAAAAUCCAUUUUUGGAAACACUUUCACGACUACCCAUGCCAGACGAUGUUUGUGAUGUAUUUAAUGGGUCGGUGAACGGAAAAGCGUUGUAUUCGAAAAUUUCUAGUGACUUCAAAUCUUUUACAAAUAAAAUAAAUAAAAAUGAUAUUGAACUUAUGUCGAAAUCUUGUCCAGCGUGUCAUCAUGUUCAAAUUAUUAAUAAACAAUUAUAUCUAGUCCAACAAAAAUCACCAAGUUAUGAAACACGCAGUCGAAGUUCAAAAAUGUUGCUGAAAGAAGUAGUUGAUACAUUUGAAAAUAUACCAGAUUUAGAAAUGUUUUUAGAUUUGCUGAAUUUAAACGAACUAAAUGGAGUCAAGUUUAAUGUACCAAUAUUUGGUUUGACAAAAAGUACGGAACGUCUAAGCCAGUAUUUUCAUUCUGAUGGUAUCAUCUUAAUGCCAUGUUUCUCAUUCUGGAGUUGGCCUGAACCGAGACUUGGACGGUGGCGAAAUAAAUUAGAAACAGUUCCACAAAUAGCCGAAAAAAUUCAAUUUCAGGAACGAACUAAUAGUGUAUUUUGGAGAGGAGCCCCGACAGGUGAGCGACAAUGGUUUUCUAUGCUGAGUAAAAAGAACCAAUCAAUAUUGGAUAUUGAAUUUAUACAAUGGUCAAAUGUCAAUAUUAUUAUGUUAAAUUACGCUGGAAGUUAUAAAACCAUCGAAGAACAUUGUCAAUAUAAGUAUUUGUUACACCAAGAGGGAUAUUCUUAUUCAUCUCGCUUAAAAUAUUUAUUAUUGUGCCGUUCCGUUGUUAUUUUUGCUCAAUUUAACGGCUGGGAAGAAUAUUGGUAUCCUCUACUAGAGCAUAAAGAUAAUAUUGUUAUAUUCAAAGAUAAUGGCAAUGAAACAACAUUUUAUAAUUUACUCCAGUAUUUAUUUGAUAAUCAAAAAAAGGCAGAAUCCAUUGGUAAAAAAGGUCAGGAAUUAGUCCAAACAUAUCUGAAUGAACAAGCUGUCAUUUGUUACAUGAGAAAUCUUCUAAUUGAAUAUAGUAAAUUAUUCAACUAUACCCCUACAGUUCAUUCGAUGGCUAUCAAAAUAGAUGAUUUCAUAUUAAGUUCUAAUCCGUAG